GCGUGGCAGAGGCAGGGCGGGCCUCUCGAGGCCGCGCCCGCGGCCCGGCCCAGGACUCGGGCCUCAGACGCUCGGCUAGUGGGUUGGUCGCUGCUUCCCGACGGAUUUUGAUCUUUGUUCUCCCAGGCCGGGUUCCCCUUCCUGGUCUCUCUCCUCCUGCUGGGCCAGUUUAUCAGGAGGAGAUUGUUUUCCAGGGCUAGAAAUUGGACUUUUGAUGAUGUUUGACCCAGCAGCAUCAAUAGCAGGCAACGUGAUUUUGAAGCUGGUCUCAGCCUCUGUUUCUUCUCUCGUGUAAUCACAAAGCCCACUUUGGACCUGGAAUUCCAAUCAUGUCUGUGAUGGUGGUGAGAAAGAAGGUGACACGGAAAUGGGAGAAACUCCCUGGCAGGAACACCUUUUGCUGUGAUGGCCGUGUCAUGAUGGCCCGGCAAAAGGGGAUCUUCUAUUUGACUCUCUUCCUCAUCCUGGGGACCUGCACACUCUUCUUUGCCUUCGAGUGUCGCUACCUGGCUGUCCAGCUGUCUCCUGCCAUCCCUGUGUUUGCUGCUAUGCUCUUCCUUUUCUCCAUGGCCACACUGUUGAGGACCAGUUUCAGUGACCCUGGAGUGAUUCCUCGGGCCCUACCAGAUGAAGCAGCUUUCAUAGAAAUGGAGAUAGAAGCUACCAAUGGUGCAGUGCCCCAGGGCCAGCGACCACCCCCUCGUAUCAAGAAUUUUCAGAUAAACAACCAGAUUGUAAAACUGAAAUACUGUUAUACAUGUAAGAUCUUCCGGCCUCCUCGGGCCUCCCAUUGCAGCAUUUGUGACAACUGUGUGGAGCGAUUUGACCAUCACUGCCCCUGGGUGGGGAACUGUGUUGGAAAGAGGAACUACCGUUACUUCUACCUCUUCAUCCUUUCUCUCUCCCUCCUCACAAUUUAUGUCUUCGCCUUCAACAUCGUCUAUGUGGCCCUCAAAUCCCUGAAAAUUGGCUUCUUGGAGACGCUGAAAGAAACUCCUGGAACUGUUCUAGAAGUCCUCAUUUGCUUCUUCACACUCUGGUCCGUCGUGGGACUGACUGGAUUUCACACUUUCCUCGUGGCUCUCAAUCAGACAACCAAUGAAGACAUCAAAGGAUCAUGGACAGGGAAGAAUCGUGUCCAGAAUCCCUACAGCCAUGGCAACAUUGUGAAGAACUGCUGUGAAGUCCUGUGUGGCCCCUUGCCUCCCAGUGUGCUGGAUCGAAGGGGUAUUUUGCCACUGGAGGAAAGUGGAAGUCGACCUCCCAGUACUCAAGAGACCAAUAGCAGCCUCUUGCCACAGAGCCCAGCCCCAACAGAACACCUGAACUCCAAUGAGAUGCCGGAGGACAACAGCACUCCGGAAGAGAUGCCACCUCCAGAGCCCCCAGAGCCACCACAGGAUGCAACUGAAGCUGAGAAGUAGCCUAUCUGUGGAAGAGACUUUUGUUUGUGUUUAAUUAGGGCUAUGAGAGAUUUCAGGGGAGAAGAUAUACCCGAGACAGAGAGCAAGUAAGCUGUCCCUUUUACUGUUUUCCUUUGGUCUUUAGAUACCCAAUUGCACACUGGCAUUUUCUUGCUGCAAGCUUUUUUUUUUUUAUUUCUGGACUCAAGGCAGUGGCAGAAGAUGUCAGUCACCUCUGGCAACUGGACAAAUGGGUCUUUUGGACCUUGGCACUUAUUUCCCAUGGCCCUAGCCAUGGGGUCUCCUUGGACUCCUCUCCCCACCAGAUCCCAGCUCUCCUGCUUGGGGUCAUUGGUCUCAUUAUGGGGCUAACGAUUCUUGAGACUGGCUCAAGUCCUCAAGCUGCUGCAUGUCCUGAGUCCAGAAGCAGACACAGAAACCUCUGGCCAGGGAAUCCUAACUGGGUUCUUCUCCUUCAGAAUUGAUAAGGAUGAAGAGUGAGGUUGGAGGAUUCUCCUGGCUACAAAGUGCCAGCAUUGCCAGCCAAUCCUUUUAGGAAUGGGGCAGGUACCUUCCUCUUGUAUUUAUUCAUGUAGCUUUUCUCCUUUGUCCCCCAUCCACUCUCUAACACCCAUGUCCCACUCUUUCCCCAUUAGAUAUAUGUAAGUAGUUUUAGUAGAGCUAACAAUUUACAUUUCUCGUAGAUUCUCCAGGAACUUUUAAUACCUGUGCUAUUCUCAAUAAGAAUUGACAAGAUGCCAAUGGCAUAGCCCCUCACACUCUCUGCCUCAUCUCUCCUCCUUUCUCAUUAGCCCAUUUAAAUUUUUUUUUUCUUUUUACUCUUGCUCCCAAUAGGAGCAGGAACAGCAGUAAUAAAAGUCUACACUUUGGUGAUUCCUUUUCCUCAGAGGAAACCCAAGUGCUCACUUAAACACUACCCCCUCAGAUUCCCUGUGUGAGGCCUACAGAGGCCCUGAAUGCACAAAUGGGGAAAUCAAGGCACAGAGAGGCUCUCCUCUCCUCUCCUCUCCCUCUAUGUCCCCUUAAAAAAAAAGAAAAAAAAAAAAGGAAAAAGAAAAAAAAAAGAGAAAAAAAAAAAGGCUAACCAGUACUUCCAUUAAGCCUUGGCUGAGUGAGGGAAAGCCCAGAACUGCUGCCCUCCCGGGUAACCCACUCCAAGGCCUCAGCCCACCUUGGGCAAUGGUAACCACACCAGGGGCUUCCUCCAAGCCCCACUCUUCCAGCACUUCCACUGGCAGAGUCCCAGAGCCACUUCACCCUGGGGGUGGGCUGUGGCCCCCAGUAAGCUCUGCUCAGGACCUGCACUAUUUCAGGGAAGAAGAUUUAUGUAUUAUAUGUGGCUAUAUUUCCUAAAGCACCUGUGUUUUUCUCUUUCUAAGCCAGGGUCCUGUCUGGAUGAUUUAUGGGGAUGGGGGGAGUGUAAACCAGAACUUUUAAUCUAUUUGAAGGCGAUUAAACUGUGUCUAAUGCAAACUGCCUGCCUCUUCCUUCCCCUUCCAUUUCAAGAACCACCAUGGGGAUGUGAAUGUGUUUGUGUGUUGGGUGGGGGGUGGGGGUUGGAAGGGUUGCUUGUUACUACCCAUACUUCCAUUUUCCAGGGUACCCUUGGGUUGGAGAGAUAGCUCCCAAACUCAAACUCUCCAUUGAUCUCUACUACCUUCUGGGCCGAAGUUUAUCUCACUCUGGACUAUGACAAAAGGACUUCUAAGCAAUAUACAGUGUGAACAAGAUUAGGAUGGUUGAGAAAUUAUCCUUAAGAGAAAAAGUUCUUCAUUAGGAUAUUGUUUGCAAGCAUAUGGGCACUAUUUAUUGCAAAUGAGUCUUGGUUAUUAAAACAGGCUCACCAGGGCCUUCCCUUGGAAAUAUUUCAUUUUAGUGGUCUUUUACAAGUGAUGGUAUAUAUUUUUUUUCAAAUAGUCUGUAAUCAAGACUCCUUACUGAUUUCUAGCUCACUCUUCCCAGUUAAUCGGAAUUAGUGAAAUUUGGCUGCUCCCAGAUUUUUCUCUGUGUCUCCCUAUUUUCCUUGUAGCAAGAUUUGAAUUUAGCAUGAGAGAGAGAUGGGAGAGAGAUUAAUUCAUAUCCCUCUCCUAUUUGCUUCUAUUUUACCAUUCUUUUUCUGGCUCUCUCAAUUUUAUUUUUUUCAGUUAGGUUUUAGUUAUUUUAAAAUAAGGCCAAGCUUGGAGAGUUUGGAAAUUAUCAUUUUUUUUUCCAGUCAAGCUGUCAUUCAUGUGAACUCUUUCUAGUCAGUACUCAGCCCAUCCUGUCUCAGCCUGUCUCCUCUCUUGGGCCAGGAUGGAUCUCUCUCCUCCCUCAACUUACCUCAGCCACUUUCCUGCUGACCCUUAGGUCACUCAGAGAAGUUUUUCUUUCUGAUGUGAAGGGUCAAGUGGAAAUGUCUUAUCUGUAGUGUGAAAUGAUUUUUUAAAAUGUUUCUGUUUUUUCAUAUGCCCAGCCCACUUUCUUUUCCUUUAUAAAUCUAUAUUUAAGACCUUGGCCUCAAGAUCUUUCCCAUUUAUACCAUGCACCAGCCAAGACUGUCCCUAGUCUGAGCUCUGAUCAGAGGAGAGAUUGAAGGAUUGAUCUUACCCUGGAGAAAGGGGCCUUAUAUUAUUUGAUCUUUUCGAUGGUUGACACUCUCUCCAACUCCCCCUUUCCUUCCCAUUCCUCAUGCUUCCUAUGCACCCUACUUCCCCAGGCCAGGAGGGUUGGCACUGAUCCAAAAACCUCUGGGGGUGGGGUGGAACUUAUGUCCAUUUGACUCUGGAGCCCUCCUGGCCCUGGCUGAGAUCAUCAUCUCCCCGUUCACAUUUUUCCCCAGGAGUGGGGUUGGGUUAGAGGUGGGUUCUAAUUCUAUAGCAGCUAGAUUCCAUUCUUCCCAUCCUGACCAUCCUGCCUUUACUCCUAAUACCCCUUUUCCUACUGACCAAAUCUCUUUACUUUGUUGGGGAAAAGAAGUAUUUUGUUUUUAAAUCUAUUUUCUAACUUAAAUGCAAUUUAAUAUGUAAAUCUCUGCACUUUUGUGUGAGCCUACAAAUGUGUAUGUGUUGGGGGUUUUUCACUCUCUGGUAUUUCUUAAUAAAGAAAUCUUUCUUUUGGGGGGAAGCCAAUUAAUGAAGGAGACUUGAAUGGUCUUAGAAAUACAGGGCUGUCUGUUUCUUUGUG